AACUGUUCUUUCCCCGUUUGGCCUCUCACCCCCUCAAAAAAAAAAAAAAGCAGUCUUCCUCCGUGCUCCCCUAGCGGCGGCGCACGACACCUGUUCGACGGAACGCCGCUCCGGGGCGGGAAGCUUCGACCAUGGCGAGCGGGGUGGACCGCAUAAGCGCCCUCCCGGAGGACAUCCUCCACCACGUGCUCCGCCUCCUGCCGGCUCAUGAGGUGGUGCGGACGUCCUUGCUCGCCCGGCGCUGGCGCGGCGUCUGGAGGUCCGUGCCCACCCUCCGCUUCACCGGAGCCAAGGGGUGGGGCAGCGCCGACAUGUUCGCCCAAUUCGUGGACUACUUGCUCCACCUCAGGUGCGGGGGCGACGGCCCGCCUCUGGAUUCCUGCGAUUUCGACUUAGAUUCCGACGGAUUCAUGCUGUUGCCCGCCAACCAGCGGCGUGCGAGCAGCUGGCUCUGGAAGGCCCUGCCUCGUGUCCGGGCGCUCCGGCUCCGGCUUCGCAUUCCCGAGGAUCCGGGAGCCUCGCCACCAUCUGACAUGCAUCUCUUCUCCCAGCACCUCACCAGAUUAGAGCUUGUUGGUGUCGGUUUCUACGGCAGCGUCGUUGAUUUUACAGGCUGUCCAGCAUUGGUGGAACUGAGUAUGGAUACUUGCGACGUCGUUGUCAAGCAGCUCUUGUCUCCAUCCUUGAAACAUCUGCGAAUUACCCGCUGCUAUGCUCAAGAAAAUUACCGCAUUCUUAUUUCUCUACCAAAUCUUGUUUCGCUUGAGUUGAUCGAAUGGGUCCAAGGAAGGAUUCCAUUGCUUGGGAGCUUGCCGUGUUUAGCAAGAGCUGUUGUUGUGCUUAACGAGAGUUGUGCCGAUCAAUGCUCUCAGGGUCAGUUUGAUAGUUGUGGUGCUGAUGAUGAUAUGUGUGAUCGUUGUUAUUAUUAUUAUGGGGAUCCUGAACAUGGGCCUCCUUAUGACCGCAACAACUGCAUCUUUCUCAAAGGUUUGUCAGAAGCGACAGACUUGGAGUUGUCAGCUCAUUCUGAUGUGACUGUUUUCAACAGGGAUUUGAAGUGGUGCCCUACAUUUACCAAGUUAAAGACUUUGCUACUCAAUGAUUGGUGUUUGGCUGCUGACCAUAAUGCACUAAUUUGUUUUCUCCAACACUCGCCAAUUUUGGAGAAGCUUACUCUUCAACUUUCUAAGGGACCUUCAUAUGUAACUGAAGCAGAAGGAAUCUACAAACCAUUGGGACAGUCGGUUGCAUCCAACUGUCUUAAGAUUGUUGAAACCAAAUGUGCAAAUGUUGAUAGCAAGGUUCACAAAAUUUUGAAAAUACUGACUACGUACGGCAUACGCCUUGAGCAAAUUAGUGUCCAACAAACUAGCAGGAUUCCUGGAUCUGGAUGUUUCAAUUUUGUUUGCACUGAGUUCAGCUAAAACACGAGGGUUGUUAAUUAGAGAUAUCUGUCUUCUGAUGAUCCCAGUAUAUGUGCGUCUAGGCACAAAUGACGUCGUACCGGCCUACCGUGAGAAGUUCGUUACGUUCUCAAGGCGGCCAGCUCCACCGGAGGAGAGGGACUCCACUGCAUUCAACGAGCUGCUCAUCAUCGUUCAGGAGGCCCUAGUUGCUGCUCACCAUCGUCCCGAAGCCCUAUCCCUUAUGUACUCCAUGCUAAUUAUAGCAGUGUCGUACCUCUGCUAAACAAUUUCCCGUGGCUGAUGAACUUAGUUGAGAGUUACUUUUUUU